AGUGGAGGUGAAACUGGUGGUAGAUUUCAUCCAGGAACGUGGGAAUUUCACAUGCUUCAUCGACCUGCACAGCUACGCACAGCUGCUGACGUAUCCAUGUGGGUACAUGGUCAAAAAGGCCCCGGAUGCUGAUGAGCUGUGUGCCAUCAGGCCUACUGGGAAUAGGAAGAAGAUGAUGCCUCUUAUUUCUGAGUUUGCUGAUGAGGUGGCAAGGUGUGUAGCCAAAGCUCUGGCUUCCCUGUUGGACCCUGAGUACCAAGUGUGUCCUACCUGCACCACUGUCUGAGGAAGAUCAAGAACUCUAGGGUUGAGAGACCUCUAUCUACUCUUCAGGGGACAUGUUUGCUUACCUCUCAGGUGCUCUGCUGUCCUGAGGCCUGGCCGUGCCCGUGCACGAGGAGAACCCCUGAAGUUCACCUGGAGGAAGAAGCAUGCAGGGCUUCCCCAGAGGAAGUGUGGGCCGAGGGCUGUCCCCUGUGGACAGGCAGAUGCUCCUGGUCUGCAGCUUUGUCCUGGCAGCAGCUUUGGGCCAAAUGAAUUUCACAGGUGACCAGGUUCUUCGAGUCCUGGCUAAAAAUGAGAAGCAACUUUCACUUCUUAGAGACCUGGAGGGCCUGAAGCCUCAGAAGGUGGACUUCUGGCGUGGCCCAGCCAGGCCCAGCCUUCCUGUGGAUAUGAGGGUUCCUUUCUCUGAACUGAAGGACAUCAAAGCUUACCUGGAGUCUCAUGGCCUUGCUUACAGCAUCAUGAUAAAGGACAUCCAGGUGCUGCCGGACGAGGAGAGAGAAGCCAUGGUGAAAUCCCGCUGGCUGGAGCGCAGCACCAGUGGCUUCAGUUACUCCUCGUAUCACACCCUGGAGGAGAUAUAUACCUGGAUCGACAACUUUGUAACUGAUCAUUCAGAUAUUCUCUGGGAAAUUCAGAUUGGCCACAGCUUUGAAAAUCGGUCCAUUCUUGUUCUGAAGUUCAGCACUGGAGGUUCGCAGCGCCCAGCCAUCUGGAUCGACACUGGAAUCCACUCCCGGGAGUGGAUCACCCAUGCCACCGGCAUCUGGACUGCCAGGGAGAUUGUCAAUGAAUAUGGCAAAGACCACAUCGUUACAGACGUACUGAAUGCCGUGGACAUCUUUAUGGAGAUUGUCUCCAACCCUGACGGGUUUGCUUAUAGCCACAGCAUGAACCGCUUGUGGCGGAAGAACAAGUGCAGCAGACCCGGAAUCUUCUGCAUUGGUGUGGAUCUUAACAGGACCUGGAAGUCAGGCUUUGGAGGAAAUGGUUCUAACAACAACCCCUGCUCAGAGACUUAUCAUGGGCCCUCCCCUCAGUCAGAGCCAGAAGUGGCUGCCAUUGUGGACUUCAUCACGUCCCACGGGAACAUCAAUGCUCUGAUCUCCAUCCACAGCUACUCUCAGAUGCUCAUGUACCCCUACGGCCACUCUCUGGAGCCUGUUUCAAACCAGGAAGAGUUGUACAGUCUUGCCAAGGAUGCAGUGCAGGCCCUGUAUGAGGUUCAUGGGAUCGAGUACAUUUAUGGCAGCAUCAGCACCACCCUCUAUGUGGCCAGUGGGAUCACUGUCGACCGGGCCUAUGACAGUGGCAUCAAGUACUCCUUCACCUUCGAGCUCCGUGACGCGGGGCACUAUGGCUUCCUGCUGCCAGCCACACAGAUUAUCCCCACAGCCCAGGAGACGUGGAUGGCCAUUCGGACCAUCAUGGAGCACACGCUUAAUUACCCCUACUGACAAUACUGCUGAGGGCAGAGCCAGAGGGACGUAGGGCUCCCUGAACUGCAAUGUUGGCUCCAAGAUUCAGAACUGCACUGCUGGC